CCCCCAUAGUACAGUCCCCUCUGUGAGAUGCAACUUUUCCGCUGACUUUAAUUUGACCUCAGAAGUACAAAAUAUGACUACAUUGAUGAUACUUUGACCAGGUUGUUGAGAUAACAAAAUUAAGUUGACGUGUUGGAGUACAAGCAUAUUAUUCUAUGGAAGUAUUAAUUUUAUAAAAUGGUAUGGACCUGGUAUUACUGUACCAUAGCCAGAGCAAACUAUCACGACUGUACAUCUAUGCUAAAUUGAUUGAGAAUGUAAUCACAACAGAGAACUUGGUCGUUUAGUCUAACUUAGCUCAUGUUUGCAGAUAUGACCAAGACGGGGAAGCCAGACUCAUACUGGAGAGACAUCUGCCAAAAGUAUGCCCAGGGCAGCUACCAGUUUUCCACAGGCAAAAGGCCCGGUGGUAAGAAAUGGAAAAGAGCCCUGGAGUGUAUAGAUGCUUGCCCGCUGCAGAGCAAGAGUAAGGUGGAUCUGUUCGGGAGACACCUAAAAUGCUCUUGUGGGUUCCAUAAGUCAGAUGCAUCAGAGGCAGGUGGAGGCUCCUAUGAGGCAGGUGGAGGCUCCAGGCAGGCAGGUGGAGGCUCCAGGCAGGCAAGAGAAGGCUCCUGUGAGGCAGGUGGAGGCUCCAGGCAGGCAGGAGAAGGCUCCUGUGAGGCAGGUGAAGGCUCCAGUCAGGCAGGAGAAGGCUCCAGUCAGGCAGGAGAAGGCUCCAGUCAGGCAGGAGAAGGCUCCAGUCAGGCAGGAGAAGGCUCCAGUCAGGCAGGAGAAGGCUCCAGUCAGGCAGGAGAAGGCUCCAGUCAGGCAGGAGAAGGCUCCAGUCAGGCAGGAGAAGGCUCCAGUCAGGCAGGUGGAGGCUCCUAUGAGGCAGGUGGAGGCUCAAGGCAGGCAGGCGGAGGCACCAGUGCAGACAGAACAGUAAAGUGCUGUCAGUGCAAUCAGGUUGUGAAGGCAGAAAAAUUCUCCAUGCACCUUUCUGACCGCCAUGUAGAGGAGACAUGUGACACCUGUGGGGCCAAGGUCCAAGGUUCUGUUGGCCUGUUGGAGCAUAUAGAACAGUUCCAUUAUUUAUCCUGGUUGGCUCAACCUCCAUCGCCAACUUCAACAGGUAGCUCCACCACACCAUCCCCACGGCCAACACCAUCUCCGCGGCUAACGGCCACACCAUCUCCGCGGCCCACACCAACUCCGCGGCCCACACCAUCUCCAGGGCCCACACCAUCUCCAGGGCCCACACCAUCUCCGCGGCCCACACCAUCUCCAGGGCCCACACCAUCUCCAGGGCCCACACCAUCUCCGCGGCCCACACCAUCUCCAGGGCCCACACCAUCUCCAUGGCCCACACCAUCUCCGCGGCCCACACCAUCUCCGCGGCCCACACCAUCUCCAGGGCCCACACCAUCUCCAAGGCCCACACCAUCUCCAAGGCCCACACCAUCUCCAAGGCCCACACCAUCUCCACGGCUAACGGCCACGCCAUCUCCGUGGACCACACCAUCUCCGCGGCCCACACCAUCUCCACGGCUAACGGCCACACCAUCUCUACAGCCCACACCAUCUCCGCCGACAACUACAUCUCUGCUCCCUCCUCCAACAGGUUGCUCCAGCACGCCACGCCACACUCCUCAAACUCCACUUAGGCCAGCUUCCAUUGAUUGGGAAGCUUUUCUCCCCAAUCAAUUCAAAAAGGUUAUACAGCCAGCAGAUCGGGUGUGGAUUGCCAAGGUCCUCUAUGAGCCUACAGGUCAGCUGAGGCAGAAAAUGGAGGCGUGCUGGUUUCAUCCACCACUGCAGCACAAACCGUCUCCUCCCGAGCCCGGGUGGCACUUCCGGCAGAGGAUGUUCCUCUGGGCACCAAUGAGGAUGUGGGGGAUUCCUCUGAAAUGCACGCGGUGUGACCGGAAAAUGCACCACUCAGGGAUCUACCCGAAGGUGAGGGAGGUGAUAGAUGUGGAUACCCGCUACUACCUUGUGGGAGGGGACUAUCCACGUUGCAGCAAGUGUAUGCUGCCGGUCUGCCCAUGGAGCCAGGAAAUCCUUGCUCAACUGGAUGUGGCACAUAGGAGCCUGUUUCCCGCUGUCCUCACUACACAGCUAGCCCUGGAUAGGAAGUGUAUGACUUUCCUGAAGCCAAGGACCAGUGGGAACAGUUCCUCCUACCUCCAGUCUGCAGUAGAGGAAGCACACAGCGAGGAGUGGGCACGUCAGACCAUCCGCUACCUGUCUGACUGUGAGCUUCAUUUGAAGAUGGCUACCUUCGUCUCUUCUGCAGCUGUCCAUCUUCCUCCUCCACCCUUCAGGCCCCUUCCACUUGCCCAGUGGUUUGAGACGGUCCACUCCAACGACAUCCUCAGCCACCUGGAAGAGAUGAAGGGGGUGAUCACCUCUACCUAUGGUAGAAUUCUGAAGAUGGACUCUACAAAGAAGAUCACCAAGAAGCUGGCUGGCAGUAUAGGGGACACCGCUGCAUGGAUGUCCAACAUCGGCAACGAGCUUGGCCAGGUUCUGAACAGUGUUCUGACGACAGGUGAAGGUGCAGGGCUGGAAGAGUUGUGCCAGGGCAUCGUCACACGUUAUGAGAAUGCUGGACAAGCUGAGCCUGAGGCUAUCUAUGUUGACCGGGACUGCUGCAGCCAGUCAGGUGUGUCGUCAGUGCUGAGACUCUUUCGACCAUGGAAGUUUGUCGUCCGUUUAGACGUCUUCCACUUCAUGCGAAGGUUUAACUGCGGCCUCACUACUGAGCACCACCCUCUCUACGGUACCUUUUGCUCCAAACUUUCCGCCUGUAUCUUUGAGUGGGAUCAGGAGGAUGUGCAACGGCUUAAGGAGGCCAAGAAAGGGGAGUGGAAGAGCAGCCAUGGCGGAAAUGCUCCCACUGAGGCACUGCUCUUGGCCAGUAUCAGCACUGGUGAAAUGGCAAAGCACUGCAGGUGGAGGACCCGUGCAGUGGAGGAAAUCCGGGUCAUGAUUUCGGGGCUGCUCGAAUCGAUGUGGGAGCUGACUGACACCACGGGGCUGCGUCUAGUGAACCCUGACAGCAUGCACCAUGUGUGGGAGGUGCAGCAGAAGCACCUGGAGUGCAUCCAGGACCCUGCAGGGGUGUGGGAGGGGUCCUCCUCCCUCGAGAGUUUUCACCGCCACCAGUGUGCUUUUGUUCCAGGCUUUCGAUGCAAUGCAUUGCACACACAAAUGUACAUGCUGGAGGGGGUAUCGAGGUGGAACAUGAACCGGGCAAAGGAAGCUGUAGCUGUGGUGGGGGCAUCAACCCUGAGGACAUUUGAUGUUCGCUUGAUGUCUCACCUAAACAGCAUGAGCCAGCGGGUCCUUGGUUGUUCUCUGGUUCCAGAAUUCACCCCACCUGGAAAACCUACUGGCGAGCGCAUUGCUGUGGAGUACCUGUUGGCCCAGUCCAAUAGAGGCGACCUGCUGGUUCCACAGCAGCUGCCAGAGAUCCCCACAGAGGAGCUCGAGGACGACGGGGGUGAACCUGACGUCACGGUGUGCCAGGUAGCUGACCUUAGGGUAGGUGAUCCUGAUCCUCCAAUAUGUGCCGUGGAGGCCCAGGUGACACUGGAGGGUGACAGUGGACCCAGAUCCCUGGAUGAGGACAUCAUUGUGGAGGAAGACGACACACAAGACAGCACAUCAGACCAGAAUAGCCGAUGUGAUUCCAGAGGUGUCUUGGGCUGGGAUGCGGUUGAUGACCUGGCAGCCUACCUGGUUGGCCUGAACCGAACCAUCACUGCCUUGUCAUCAAAAGAGGAGGCUGACAUAGUCCAUCUUUACAUGGCUCUCCCUGCUAUGGACAAGGAACCUUUGAGGUUCGGCCAGAAAGCGAGGAAGAAGACCGUGGCAGGACCUUGGAGAGCGCCCAGGAAGCCGAGUGGCUCUGCUCCUGGACAGCAGGCGGCAGAGAGACUGUUCAUGACUCACGGGCAGGCAGCCCAGGACCCCGAAGUCCACAGGGUCAGCGAAUGUGUUUGCCUGAGACUUUUAAAAGAGUUUCAGCAAGCACCAAACAGGCCCAAGGACACAAGGAGUAGAACUCUGCCCAUCCCACAGUCCAUUGUGGUGGCCUACAGCCAUCUUAAACAGCUGCUGGAGGACAGCAGGGUUGUUCUGGAGAAGACCAACGUGGUUCUGAUACCAGUAAACAACACAACAAUCUCUUCUUGGCUGCUUAGGAGGGAUAAGAGGAAGGACAGGGACAUGCUGCUGCAGGGCACCAUACUCCCCAAACGGUUUGAACUGGCCAAGGACUCACUCCCUGAAGCCCAGACUCUUCCGGCUGCUCCUGUGCAGCAUGGGCAUGAGGCUAUGGUGUUUGAGGAGCCAGAGAACCGGGAGGGUGAGGCAGUGAUACGCCCUCGGCACAGUGUUCGUUCUGCCUUGGCACAGCACUACCAGCCUGGGUCAUACGUAUGGCCUGGUUCUGCUGGCUCAGCCUCGUAUGAGCAUGGUAACCUGCCACCACCCCCAUCUCCUGCCUGGGCCUCGUACCAGCAGGGUCACCUGCCACCACCACCACCCCCAUCUCCUGCCUGGGCCUCGUACCAGCAGGGUCACCUGCCACCACCACCAUCUCCUGCCUGGGACUCGUACCAGCAGGAUUACAUGCCACCACCACCAUCUCCUGCCUGGCCCUCGUACCAGCAGGAUUACCUGCCACCACCACCAUCUCCUGCCUGGCCUUCGUACCAGCAGGAUUACCUGCCACCACCACCAUCUCCUGCCUGGCCUUCGUACCAGCCACCUCCCCCCUUCCAGCCACCUCUCCCCUUCCAGCCACCUCCCCCCUUCCAGCCACCUCUUCCCUUCCAGCCACCUGCUGACCAUCCACUGUACCUGGCCCCUCCACCACCUGGCACCUCUGUUCAGCCAAGGCAACGUACGUGGAGACAGAAAAAAGCUGCCCAGGAGAACGAGGAGCUGAUGGCUAGGGGUGAACCUCCACGCAAGAAGUUCAGGGAUACCUACCAGUACAUUUGCAAGCAGUGUGGGCAGGGGAAAAACAAAAGUACGGGUCACACCCAGCUGAAGGGGCGGUGGUACUGUCCAGCCUCAGGACUCACCCUGGCAGAGUGGAAGGACCAGUUGACCAGUCUUGCCAGUGGGAAAUAAAGGAAAAUGUAUGAAUAAAUAAAUACUGUAUAUAAUAGUUAUGUGUAAAUAGUUAAGUAUUGUAUAUAGUUAAGUUUUUCAUUUCUGUGUUCUAAAAAAUUCAAUAAAAAAAAAAUAGAUGUAUAUAUUUGUUAAAUAUAUACUUUCAGGUUUAAUAAAGUGACCAAAGUUUGUCAAAUUGUAUAAUAAUGUGUAGAUAGUAAAGUAUUGUAUAUAGUUAUGUUUUUCAUUUCUGUGUUUGUGCAUUGCAUGGUGUUCUAAAAAAGAAAACAACAAAAAAAUAAAGAU